CAUGCGCACUUGCCCAACUUUUCGGAGUUAGGAUCAGCCGCCAUUGUUUCUUAAUGAAGUGAUUUGUGUGUGGAGUUUUGUAUUAUUUUAGGAAGUUGUUUGUAUAUUUUGUGCCAGAAAGACUUUUGACUAAUUAUCCCUUGUCGAUUGACAGUUUUAUUUUAAAGACUUUGCAUCAUUUAAAGAACAGAGUGCAGAAAUUAGGUGAUGUCAGCAGGCGUGUCAGAUCAGCGGAUGAAAGGACAAGGGAAUCAAGUGUCAAAUGGCCCAAAGGACCACGUGAAUGAACAUGAAGAUUUUGAUUCAUGGCGAACCCAGCAUCAUCAGGGUUACAACACCCCAAUUUCAACUUCAAUGGCAUCGGACCCAUACAACAUGUCAAAUUACUAUGGAACAUCGUUUCCAUACCAAGCAUUUGGAGUUGGGGAUGGCACUUGGUCAAAUGGAGGUGAUCCCAUGACUUUUUUGGGUGGUUAUGGUGGACAGAUGGGCCAUGAUUCGUACAGUAUGGAUGGCAUGUUUGGUGGCGGCGGAGGUGGGUUUGGAACAGCCUUCGGGCAGCCUGCUGCAGCCGCAGCAGCUGCUGCCGCAGGGUUCAAUUACUUUCAUGGGAAUGGAGACUUUUCAACGUGGGGCAGCUCUGCUGCACCCAUUUCCCGCAAACCCCAUUAUGAUGAUUAUUACAGGGGUGGAGACGGCAUGUACACAGCACCUGGAGUUGGUGGAUCUGAUGUAAAAGCUGUGGAACAGGGAAUGCAAGGUCUAGGACUUUCAGAUACUGGUAGUGGCAGUGGAAAAGUUUCUGAUGGCAAGGACUUAAAACAGCAGAGCCCGUCUGAUAAAAGUGGUAGUGUAGAUAUGGGAAUGGGAGGAAUGGUGACAGUACAGCAGAGUGUAGCACCAGCGCCCACAGUACAACCGAAGAAGAUGACCUGGGCAUCAAUUGCAGGGCAGCCAGCCAAGCCUCAACCACAAGUUUCUUCAGGAGGAAUGAAAAAGAAAGGCCCUGGUAUGCCUCCACCACCAAUGGUUCCAGGAAAGCAUAACAUGGACAUCGGGACGUGGGAAGGGAAGAAUGGUGGCAGCAGUAGUGCAUUAGCUGGUGGACCCAAACAGCCAGUUGCACCUCCUCCUACUGUGCGUUCAACAUGGGGAGGACCAGUGCGAGGUGGAGGGCCUAGGGGGACUGCUGGUGGACCACCAGGAGCUGGUGUUGGCAGCUAUCCUCCAACAGCUGGAGGACCACCACAUCACCAUCCUGGCCAUCAUCCUGGUCAGGUUGCCGUCUUGCCAGGACCUCACCAUCCCCACCAUCCUCAUCAUCCACAGCCCGGUACUGGGGCUGCUCCUCCACCCCAUCACAUUCAGCAGCAGCCUCCACCAAACCAACAUCCUGGAGCUCUGGUGCCAGCGAAUCCACUGCCAUCGCAUCCAGUGCUGGAUGAACUGAGGAUCAAAAACAACUACAACCCUCCAGAUUUUGAUCUCUCAGCCAAAGGAGCCCGUUUCUUUGUGAUAAAAUCAUAUUCAGAAGAUGAUAUCCAUCGUUCUAUCAAGUACGAGAUUUGGUGUUCUACUGAACAUGGAAAUAAGCGUCUAGACCAAGCAUUUCGUGAACGUGAGGCAAAAGGUGGUGGACCAGUUUUUCUAUUCUUCUCUGUCAAUGGUUCUGGACAUUUCUGUGGUAUGGCACAGAUGGUGUCACCUGUAGACUACAAUUCUUCUAGCUCAGUGUGGUCUCAGGACAAGUGGAAGGGGCAGUUCCGUGUAAGGUGGAUUUAUGUGAAGGAUGUGCCGAAUGCUCAGCUGCGCCACAUCAGACUGGAAAAUAAUGAUAACAAAUCUGUGACAAACUCGAGGGAUACACAAGAAGUACCGUUUGAGAAAGGAAGGCAUGUGUUGCGAAUACUGCACAGUUUUCGCCAUACUACGUCUAUCUUUGAUGACUUUGUGCAUUAUGAAAAACGGCAAGAGGAGGAGGAUAACCGCAAAGUUGUGGCACAAGCAGCAGCUCAGGCUGCAGCUAAUGCAGGAGAGAAGCAACAGGGACCUCCGCACAGCAGUGGGCCACAAGAUCGUAGCAGUGGAUUGCCACAGCAGCAGAAGGAUCGAGAUGGAGGGAACAGAGGAAGAAGUGGAAGAGGGGGCCGAAAUUAAUGAACCAUAUAUAUACCCCAAAUGUAGCUUCUAUUAUAAAACAUUAUUACAUAACCCUCUUGGUUUACACGUCUCAACUAGAGGUGAAAUUUUUUCUCCACUUAUGUUAUGCUAGAUGAGAAUUGUAUAUGGAUGUCUUUGUGUGUAGGAUUCAAACAAAAACUAAAGCCUAAAAAAGUUAAUUCAUUGCAUUUGCAUAUUUAUACAUGUUUACAGCGACUUUAAUUUUUAUUUACAUAAAAUUUAUCUGAUGUUAAGAACUGAAGUGAAAAGAAUCAAACUAAUUCAAGUAAAUACAAUAGUUAUUUCCCUUACAACAGUACUAUUCUGAGACUGGUAAAAUGCUGCCCUUCAGCAGAUCAUGUUAAAUGGGCAGAGGGUAUUAUUUUGAUUCUUUAACUACUUCAUAUUUUCAUUUUGCUCAUUUUUUUGCAAUAGCAAUGUAAAAUUGAUGAAAUUGUUUGACUGCCUUCAUUAUUUUUCUCAAGCAUUUAUGUUUCUCCUAGUCAAGCCCAUUAAAACUGUAGAAAAUUGGAGUACAUGUAUUUAAUAAAGUGAAUACCCAAAAUUUUAUUUUUGAAGAGCUGUUCUAGUACCAAAUACUUUCAAAGUGUUGCAUAGUUUGUUAAAACUUUCUCCUUUCAGAUUUUUUAAUUAAACAAUGAACUGACUUUGGCUAGGACUUCUUGGGAAAAAUAAGAGAAGGAGAAUGAAUUGUUACAUUUACCAGGCAACCUACAUUGAAUUGUCAUAUUUAAAGUUCCCUUCAGGUGAUUAAGAUGUGGCCCUAUCUUUAAUUUGACCUAGUGCACUUUGAUGUCUUAGAGCAACCAUUGUCAUUUGGAAAUUGUUAAAAUGGUAAUUCGUGUAAAUGAUGAAAAACUUCAUAUAAAUGGUGACAAACAAAACAAAAAAAAAUUAAAUGUACUGGUAUUCUGUGUUAAUGCUUUUUGGGAAUGUCUUUGUUCUAUAUUUAAUGGAGAAGAAUCAAAACACUAAAUUCUCUUAAGAUCUAUUAGCUGAACAGAAAACUUACACAAAUGGGACUAAAGCCUCCCAUGUUUCACCGAUCUGUGUAUUAGAAUAAUACAGCAUUUGAUGUGAUGUAUUUGAAAAAUUAUACAUGUGUAUUAUGAAUUUUGUCAUAUUUGAUGUGUAUAUGUCCCCAAAAACCAGUGACGUAAAAAUUCUUGAUCCAUGUGCUAAGCAUUUUUUUUUCUUUUUUUUCUUUUUGGGUUUGCAGUUGUAUUGGAAAUGAUUCUGAUAUUUGGUUUAGUUGAUUUCUGCUUGAUCAAGAAGCCUGAAGAGAAUCCUCUAAAUUGUAUGUUUCUUUUGGAAUGUUGUAGAAUCUUCUGAGGAUUAUGAGUAGUAGCUCUUGAAUGGAUCUAACUCCAAAUUUGCAGAUACCUGUGGUUAAAGCAUAUAUGAAUUCCAUAUUUGCUUUAGACCUUUUCCAAUUUGCUGGUAGUUGAUUAUUGUGUUGAUUCUUUGUCCCUUUUCUCUCCUUGGUAUAAGUGGUUGCCAUUGAAAAAUUAGUUACGUUAUGCAAAAAUAAAUUUCUGUUUGCUGUAGCUCAGUAGAAAUGCGUGCUAAGUGUGUGCUGUAUCAAAAUGUGCUGAAAUUGUCACAGGUGAAGUUUUAAGUAACCCUUUAAUUUCUGCGCUUUUCUGCUUCGUACUAUUCAUGUGCCCUUCGCAUAAUUACAACCAUGUUGUGUAUUUGUGAACUAUAUAAUAUAUGCAUAUAUAUUUAAAAGUAAUUGUUUUCAUGGUUGGUUGGAAACUUUUUAACAGUAAUAUAAUGAUGCAGUAACGUUGAAGGAAUUAUCUGGGAGUAAUUUCUUUUUAUAUGGGAAGGAGAAUUACUUGUGGUUAUGGUCUAUAUAAAGAAGAAUAAUGAACUCAUUGAUAGAUGAAAGCCAAUCUUUAAAAAGUUGCUGUGAAUAAAAUUACAGUGGAAGUACAUACUGAAUUAUUUUCUCAUCUGUUUUAUUAACUGUUUGUGUUACGUAUAUUUCUUUUCUUGCAUCUAAGGUAGAUCAUUUGGUCCCACUUGUCUGGAUCAUAAAAAGUUAAAACUGAAGUGACUGUUGUACUGCUGGAACAAAACAGCUGAAAAAGUGCAAGGUGGAACUUCCAUGUGUUGAUGUGGAGUGAUUUCUGUGGCAAUUCGUGCGUUGGAUGAGGACAUAGUGCAGUGAAUGAAAACGUUUUUGUGUGCUGGAUUAUUUAAGCAGUCCGUGUAUUUAAUUCCUUUCUUUAUAGAACAGUGACACGGUGACAGAUAGGACCUUUUGUGAGAUUUCUGAAGUUAGUGAAGGCAGAAGAUUGUGUCAUAGUGAAGGAACUUCAAAUUGAUUGUAACUGAAAACAGCUUAGUGCAUCAUUUUCUUUCACAGCAGCACACUUUCUCAAAUUAACUUGCUUUAAUAGCCAGAAAUGUCAUGUGGACUUUAUGACCCUAAAACUGGAAAAAGUGAUGCGAUGAGAACAUUGAAUGUCCUUUUUAAGCAUUUUUCAAGGAGAAACAGUCUGCUAGAAAUGAAAAUAUAGAACAGUUUGACAAAUGACUACUAUUAGAAAUCUAUUUAAAAAUAUAUACUUGUAAAAAUUAUUACAAGAACUUGAAGAAUGUUACUGUUGAACCAUGUGCUUAGUGCUGUUUCCUCAUUUAAUUAUGUGCGUACUUUUUUACUCAAGUUAUAUUUUUCCCCUCCCUGCCACCAAAUAUAAAAUGUGGACUUUAAUUAAACUUAAUUUUUAUACUUUUUGUUGUAUGUUGUGGGAUUGAGCCAGAAAUGUAGUGAAUAUGAUGAUGCUGUUGAAUGAUUUUGGACUCUUGAAAUAUAUAAGACUGCAAUAAAUUUUAAACUUUGUUUGAAUCGAUAAACAAUAGGUUGUCAGAAAGAGAAUUUAAUAUCAGUGUUGGAUUUGCUAGCAAUCUCAUUUUGAUGCAUAUGUGGGCUUUCAGAAGUCUGUUAAAUGAGAAUGUAAACUGAAAAACUGGACAUAAAAUGUUAGAAGCUUCAAGUGACUUUAAAAAAAGGCCAUUGUUUAUGAGCAUUGAACUGAGGUGUGUGAUUGAUAGUGUGUGUGGUGUGUUUCCCCAACCAGAUUUUAUCUCCUCUUGUUACCAUUGAUAGCAUUAAAAAUGCAAAUACAUCAAUAGAUUGCAUGCUUGUUUGAUGAUUUCCAAAAAUUUGUGAUAUUUCUAUAUUGCAGCUGCUGAUUUGAAUGUAACAGUAAUCUUGGAACUGUUAAUAUGUUUGUAAUCAGAUUAUGCAUUAUUUUUUAAAUUUAAUUUUAAAAUGAUGAAUUAUUAUGAAAACAAGAGAGGAGAUAUUGUAUUUUCAUGAUUGAAAUUGCCUAGUCAUGGUAUUUGUGCGUGGAAAGGCCUGGAUGUAACAUUGUACUAUCAACAGAUGGAUUUGAAACCCUGAAUACUUUUUUCUUUGUGUGUCUGCUGAGAGAACUUUGCCCAUUUUAUUUAUUUUGUUUUCUGGUAUUGACAAUAAGUGCCACAGUAGUUACAAUUGUGAAGUAAAGUAGAACAGACCUUUUGGGCGUAUUCCAUAAGCUUUCUCUUUCCCUAUCUGAAAAGUAUUGCUAAAAGUCAGUCCUGGUUUUUCUAGAUUCAGUUGCUUCUAACUGAAAUCUUUCUUUUGCAUGAGUCACAUACUAAUACAUAUAUUACACACUGCUGGUCAAAUGUAGACUGACUAACUUAAAGAAAGCUGUUUUAUUUGGUUGGCGGGGUACCAUUGAGUGUGAUGAAUUGACUUGUAAAUUUGAAGUUGUGUGUAACACUUAAAGGAAUGAAAGGUACGGAAAAUUUCUGUCUGGACUUGCUUAAUUCAGGUUUUAAUUAUGUACGCCCUCUUACAUAUGUGUGAGGGUGAAGGUUUGAGUCAUUCUUCUUCGGUAACUAGUGUGGCAUACAGUUAGUCAUAUCCAUGUAAGACUAAAAACUAAGAUAGCAAAGGCAGAAAUGGGCAAAGUUAAAGGGAUCCGACUAGUGGGAAUUAUUGUUGAUAGAUAAAUAAAAGCAUCAGUUAAAACAAAAAAAAUCUGUAUUUUCUAUUUUCUUUGUU